AGUCUCGUCCGGAGACUGGCGACGGCAGCAGCGGCGGCGGCUGGAGCUCGAGCCCCAGAGGCUGAGGGAGGGCGCGGGGGAGGGAGGGGGGCCGGUCCGCGACGACUACCCGGACCGCGUUUCUUCUCCGAGCAGUGCCUGUUUCACCUUUAGGGGAGACGGGGGAACAGCCCAUCCAUGACCAUGGGCGACAAGAAGAGCCCAACCAGGCCGAAGAGACAAGCGAAGCCUGCCGCCGACGAAGGCUUUUGGGAUUGUAGCGUCUGCACCUUCAGGAACAGCGCCGAGGCCUUCAAGUGCAGCAUCUGCGACGUGAGGAAAGGCACUUCCACCAGAAAACCUCGGAUAAAUUCUCAGUUGGUUGCACAACAAGUAGCACAACAAUAUGCUACUCCACCACCACCCAAGAAGGAGAAGAAAGAGAGAGUUGAAAAGCAAGACAGAGAGAAACCUGAGAAAGAUAAGGAUAUUAGCCCUAGUGUUACCAAGAAAAACACCAACAAGAAAACAAAACCAAAGUCUGAUAUUCUGAAAGAUCCUCCUAGUGAAGCAAACAGUAUACAGUCUGCUAAUACGACAAAGACCAGUGAGACAAAUCACACCUCAAGGCCCAGGCUGAAGAAUGUGGACAGAAGCACUGCACAGCAGUUGGCAGUAACUGUGGGCAAUGUCACUGUCAUUAUCACAGACUUUAAGGAAAAGACUCGUUCCUCUUCAACAUCUUCAUCCACAGUGACCUCCAGUGCAGGGUCAGAACAGCAGAACCAGAGCAGCUCGGGGUCGGAGAGCACAGACAAGGGCUCCUCUCGCUCCUCCACACCCAAGGGCGACAUGUCAGCAGUAAACGAUGAAUCUUUCUGAAAUUGCACAUGGAAUUGUGAAAACUAUGAAUCAGGGUAUGAAAGUCAAAUCCUCCACCUGCCCAUGCUGCUUGCACCCCUGGAGAUUCAUCUGUGGACAUCGACCUUUUAGAGAUGCUACCAGGAUCAUUUCUGCUUGCCAUGGGCAUCUGGCCACCAAGGAAUUUCGCACCCUGACGAUUACUCUUGACACUUUUAUGUAUUCCAUUGUUUUAUAUGAUUUUCCUAACAAUCAUUUAUAAUUGGAUGUGCUCCUGAAUCUACUUUUUAUAAAAAAAAAAAGAAAAAAAAAUCUGUGCACAGUUUCCCAUGUACAUUACAACUAGUUUUUUGUUUUGUUGUGGGGUGGGGAGGGACUUUUAUUUAUUGUGUUCACAAACUCCCAUUUUUUCAGUAUAUCCUUUUUAGUUCUUUCUUCCAGUUAUACUAUGUACUAUCAGUUUUGAUAUAACUAUAAAUAUAUAUAUAAAAGGGUUAUUUGAAACCAAUCCAUGGCAACGCUGGUGCUUGAUACACUGUGAAGUGAAUACAACUUUGAACAGUUACAGAUCUGGGACAGUCCCUUCUAUGAAAGUACUGAAAUGAAAAUCCAACUUACAUGAGUAUGUUCCAACUUAUCUGGGAACUUGACCACUCUCAACUGUCUAAUGAAUACUGGACAAUAUAAAAUAUAUAUAUUUUUUAAACAAUGUGAGCUCAUGUUUAAAAGACUUCUCCAGAUAGCCUGCAUUUGUAAUAGAAUUCUAAUGAAUCCUAAAGUGGUUUAGGGAGGACUUGGAUCAUUCAGAGUCACUCCACUAGCUCCAGAAUGCCAAGUAUUCACGUCAGUUACAGUUA